UUCUUGCUUUGGCUGACGAGCCUGCCUGCUAAUAUUUUGCAUUCUCAAACAACAAGAUUCAGUAGAUACUUAGCGGUGCUAAUGAACGGUUCAUAUUUGACGAUAAUUUAAUAAUAUAAAAAAAUAAAAGUGAAACUAUAAAAGGCAAGACUAAAAAACCGAGAGUUUUGCUAUUAUUCAUAAAACAACGUAAAAGUUAAUAACAAAUCAAAAUGCAGCAGAAUUUGGUAUUCCUACUCUUCGCCAUCACAGCUUGCACGAGCGUGGUUUAUGGGCUACAAUUCACCGAUUGCGGUUCAAAAACUGGCAGUUUCACCAAAGUCCUCGUAUCGGACUGUGAUACAACCAAAAACGAAUGCAUACUCAAACGCAAUACAACUGCCUCGAUCACUAUAAACUUCGCGCUAAAUGAGGUCGCUUCGAAAAUUACGACAGUGGUGCAUGGCAAGGUGUUGGGCGUAGAGAUGCCGUUCCAUUUGCAGAAUCCCGAUGCAUGCGUUGAUAGCGGACUUAAAUGCCCGCUUGAGAAGGGUGAAACAUAUGAAUAUAAAGCCACUUUGCCGGUGCUAAAGGCAUAUCCCAAGGUAAAUGUACUUGUCAAAUGGGAAUUGCAGGACCAAAACAAUGAGGAUAUCAUUUGCGUACAAAUACCGGCUAAAAUACAAUAAAUAUAUAUGCUAAAAUAUAGUUAAAUAUAAAAAUGGCAACUGUUCAUUUGACAAGUUGGAAUUUAAAAUAAAUAAACAAACCAUUUAUAUAUGUCUAAAUAUAUAAAAA